AUGUCGAAAAUAAACACUCCUGUUAACAAAUCCAUUUCAAAAUUUAGAAACCAUAAGAGAAUAGAAACCCAUAGAAAAUAAUCUUUGAUCAAUUUGGUAAUUUCUGAGAAUGUAUCAACUCGACAAGCUGCUUAAAAACUUUAGAUAAAGUAUUCCACGGCAAAGUACAUUAUGAAGAAUUUUAAAAAUAAAGGAAAUUGUUUGGACGAACAUUAACAUCCGCAGAGCAAACAAAAAUCCAUUAUUUAAAAUGUUAAUAUAGUAAUAGAUGUAUCUGAUGGCAGUAUUCUGUUGGCUAAAAAUAAUCAAAAAAUAAGUUAUUGUGACUUUUCUUCUUUACAAGAAGAGUAUAAAAACCAGAACUUACUAUAAACUUCUGAGUUGAUUUAUGAGAAACUGGGGAAAAUUUCUUGGCACAAAUUUCAUUAUAAAGAAUGUAGAGAUGAAGAAAUGCUCAAAAAAUUUUUACUUAGAUAACAUAUUCUGAUGAAGUAGGAAUGA